ACGGCCCAUACUUCAACUUGUUCAAAAUUGAACAAUCGUUAACAUUUCUUCAGCCACCUCUGACUCGACUUCUUCCUAUUUGGCCCAGGGGAGAUUGCAACUAAUUUUGAAGGCGUCGUUAUUGCGAAUCAUGCGCACCGCGAUUCCAAUCACUUCUCGUCCCUUAGACCUAGUCUACUUCGUCUUUUUCUUGGUCCAUAUACCCGCAACUUUGCUCAUUGAUCUGCAAGCCCUGUAUCCUCCUUGGUUAAUACCGUAUUUCAUACGUGCUCUUCCACGACUAUAUAUCCAAAUGUCGAACGACCCGCUGAUCGGAAGCGUCUUGGGAAUGUUGGGAGAUAGCAAGCCUUUUGUUUGGUUCAAGACCUUCCUUGCAGUUGAAGCCCUCUUUCAAUUUCCUGUCUUCAUACUCGGAGCAAGAGGCCUUUGGCGAGAUUCGCGAUCCAUAUAUGUGCUUCUCCUUGUAUACGCCGCAUCUACCACCACCACGACUUUACCAUGUCUGUCUGUCUUGCUGGCGACGCCUACAACCAGUGCGCAGACCAUAGCUAACAAAAUAGUCUCUGUAACAACCUUUCAACGCUCCCUGCUGUUAUCGAGCUACAUUCCAUUCUUCGUGAUACCCCUCAUAAUGACGAUCGAUAUGGCUUCUCGCCUGUCCAAACUGGUGACGACAGGGAUAGACGCUGCUGAUGAGAAGAAGGCGUCAUAAUAUUAUCAUAAUGCAGUCCAAUGUUUCCUUUCGAACCAAGACCCUUAGCCCCACUCAAUAAUGAUUUUGUU